AUGCGAUCAGCCAUUACCUUCUCGCUCAAAGACGAGCCGGUUGAGAAUCAGCGGCGACUGAAGGUCCGGGUCAUAGGAGCUGGCUAUUCGGGGAUCUAUUUGGGCAUUCGCAUCCCGCAGCGUCUGCGGAAUGUGGAUCUGCAGAUCUACGAGAAGAAUGAAGGGCUAGGCGGAACGUGGUGGGAGAAUAGAUAUCCAGGUUGCGCGUGUGACAUUCCGUCUCACAGCUACCAGUACUCUUUCGAUCCGAAUCCCAACUGGUCUGCGUUCUACGCUCCCGCGAAGGAGAUCUGGACUUAUCUGAGUGGUGUCGCUGAGAAGUUUGGGGUCACGAGAUUUGUAAAGUUGUCUCAUCGAGUGGAGAGCUGUAGAUGGGACCAUGAGGCGAAGAAGUGGAAUAUUGCCGUCCAAAACCUUGCCACGGGAGAGACUUUCCAAGACGAUGCAGAUGUUUUGAUCUCGGCUCGAGGGGGCUUGAACGAGAUCGCCUGGCCGAAAAUACCUGGACUCGGCAGCUUCACAGGCGAGGUCAUGCAUUCUGCUGCGUGGAAUCAGAGCUACGAUUUUAAGAACAAAAAGGUCGGUGUGAUAGGUGGCGGCUCAAGCUCCAUCCAGAUCGUACCCAUAUUACAGAAGGUCGAGGGGGUUCAGAUGUCCUGCUUCGUCCGAAGCAGGACAUGGAUCUCAAAUCCAUUCGGUGACGAUGCAAUGAAGAAGCUUGGAAUUGAUCCGCAUGACCUCAACUUCUCCGAAGAGAGAAGAAAAGAGUUUGCGGAGAAUCCGGAAAAAUUGCUCGAGUUCCGCAAAGUCAUUGAAACUGAUGGCAACACAAUUCACGCUGUGAGCUUCAGAGGAUCCGAAAAGCAGAACCAAGCCAUGAAAUAUUUCCGGACCAUGAUGGCGGACCGUCUUGCAAAGAAACCGGAGAUUCUGGAUGCACUGGUUCCUUCCUUUGCUGUCGGCUGCCGGCGGCUGACUCCAGGGCCUGGCUAUCUCGAGGCAUUAGUCGAGGAUAACGUAGAAUUCGUCUCCGAUAGAAUAGCUUCCAUCAGACCAGAAGGAAUCAUCCUCGAGAACGGUCGGAGGGUUAACGUUGACGUUCUGGUUUGUGCAACUGGAUUUAACACCUCGUCGCAACCUCCUUUUCACGUCGAAGGAAAAGGUGGGAUCAGCCUUCGGGAUAAGUUCUCUCCAUUCCCGGAGACAUACUUGACUAUUUCCGUUGAUGGCUUUCCCAACUUCUUUAUGAUGUUAGGACCGAACUCGGCUAUAGGGACUGGCUCUCUCACGAUGAUGAUCGAGACCGAAGGCGACUACAUCAUCAAAUGUCUGCGCAAAUUACAGAGGGACGACUACGCCUCUAUGAUGCCUAAAGCAGAUCGUGUAGCAGACUUUUCGGAAUACUGUCAUGAGUACUUCAAGAAUACCGUCUACAUGGACGAGUGCAACUCCUGGUACCGAAGCGAGGGUGGGAAUGGGGAUAGGGUCACAGGGUUGUGGCCGGGGAGCACGCUGCACUGCUUGGAGACGUUGAGAAGUCCGAGAUGGGAAGAUUUUGAAUUUGAGAGCAAGAAUGAGAAUAGGCUGCGCUGGCUGGGGAACGGGUGGAGUCUUACUCAGAUGCCCGACGGCGGCGAUGCGGCGUGGUACCUGGAGCCGAGAUUUGUGGAUGUCCCUGUACCGGGGAAACCAGAGGAGGACCCCGAGUUUAAGAGCCGUCCUUAUUCAUACUAA